CUUCCAGCCGGCGGGAGGAGCGGAGAUGGAACCGGGGCAGGAUUUCCUAUUGCCAACCCCUGGGAGGCUGUGAGGAAGAGGAAGAUGCCCCAGGACAUGGAGGCAGAUGGUGUCUGCAGAACAUGCCAUGCUGUACUCGAAGGGGCAUGCUGCCCUGUUCUGAACAAUGGAACUGGACUUCUUCCAAACCUCAGGCCUGGCUGGACUGAGCUCUGGGGUGGCUUCCCCCCCCCGCUCCAAGAGAAGACCCCUCUUGCCUGUCUUCAACCACCUUGACAGACCAACUGAAAUGCGAACCCCCUCAUCAAAGAACCAAGAACCCCUCUGGCACCCUAUUGGCACCCCCAUGGCACCCCCCUGGCAACCUCCUUCCAGAGACUGGGACUGUACCCCCUCCCAACUCAGGGAAGGGGGAGAACCUGCCCAGAGUAGACGUACCUGGGAGCAUUCGGCCAUGAAAACAAUGGACUUUUCCCCUCCAUGGAAACCUAAUUGCGGCCACCCUUCCCCCAACCAAGAACAGUAUAUCUGGGGUUCGGUUCGACUGCCUCUCCGAGUCUCCCCAAGAGGUGUACCAGCGAGCAUCGGCGGCGGGACCCCGAAGGCAUCACGUCUUGGAUUUCCCAUUGCCAACCCCUGGGAGUCUGUGAGGAAGAUGUCCUGGGACACUGAAGCAGAGCAGGAGCUGAGCAUGGAGAGCAGGGAGGACAAAUGCCCGCAGCAGAACCUGGUGGAAGAGGCCGUUUUGAGCGGCUCCGUGGUGCAGGAAGCCAACGGGGAGGAAAAGCCCCGGAGAUGCUGCACGAGGAGGGGCUGCAAACGCAGAUGGCGGGGAUCUGAGGAGGAAAGAGCCAGCCUGGGCUGGGAAGGCGGCCAGAGAUCAAGCCAGAGCUCGGAGCUGGUGCUCCAUGAGCAGCUUCAUGAUGGGGAGAAGCCCCACACAUGUGUAGAGUGUGGGAAGAGCUUCAGGUGGAACUACAAGCUCAUCGAGCACCAGAGGACCCACACUGGGGAACAGCCGUAUGAGUGUGGAGAGUGUGGGAUGAGCUUCAGCCGGAGCUCCCACCUUACCAGCCACCAGAGGACCCACACUGGGGAGAGGCCCUACGAGUGUAGGGAGUUUGGACAGAGCUUCAGGCAGAGCUCCAGCCUGAUCAGCCACCAGAGAACCCACACUGGGGAACGGCCCCAUGAGUGUGGGGAGUGUGGGAAGAGCUUCAAGUGGAGCUGUGACCUGAUCAAGCACCAGAGGAUCCACACUGGAGAGCGGCCCUACAAAUGUGGGAAGUGUGGGAAGAGCUUCAGGGGGAGCUCUGACCUGAUCAAGCACCAGAGGAUCCACACUGGGGAAUGACCCUAUGAGUGUGGGGAAUGUGGGAAGAACUUUAGGGACCAUGACACCCUGAUCAGGCACCAAAAGAUCCACACUAGGGAGAGGCCUUACGAGUGUUCCGAGUGUGGGAAUAGAUUUCGGUUCAACUCCCAUCUCCUCCUGCACAAUCUGAGUCACACAGAGGAGAGGGCCCUCUUCUUCCCUGAGUGUGGGAAGGGAUUUAAGUACAACUGCCAACUCAUCACCCACCGGCGCAUCCACACAGGGGAGAGACCCUACAAGUGUGGAGAAUGUGGGAAGAGCUUCUCACAGAGCUCUCAUUUGACCCGACACCAAUACAGCCACCGAUAAGGGAAGCCCUGCAAGUGCCCCGAGUGCAGGAAGAACUUCGUGCUCUGCUCCAGCUCCAUCCCCCAUUGGAGGAGGCACUUGGGGCACAGCCCUGGUGACCACUUUCCCUGUGAUCCAUGUUGGGAACACACCUGGCUUCUUAUUCAUUUGGUUUGGCCUUAAUUUUCUUGUCUUUUCCAUCUCUUUGCAGUCCAAAAGUGAAGAGGGAUCAAUCUUUCACCUCAAAACCACUCAAAUCAUACUGAAAACAGCUCAAUCUUAACACAAAAGGGCUCAAUCCUACCUCAAAUUGCUUGUUCCCACCUCAAAAUCUCAAUCCUAUGCCAAACUCACUCCAUUCCACAGGUACCAGGGUGAGAUGGGGUUGGAAGGAGAUGGGAGAAAUGGGAUCCCAAUUUGGGAGCAAUAGGAUGGGAUGAGAGCGUAGGAGCGAUUGGAUGGGAUUGUGUGGGGCUGGGUGUGUGGGAUGUAUUUGACAGCAAA